CUACCUACAUAUGCCUAUACACUGCUGCCGAGUUGUGCUGCACAAGAUGGCGGCGUGUGCACGGAAGCACUGCGCGGUGGCGACACCGGGCUCUGUGUGUUGUGUCCGGUUGUGAGCUUUCUAAGUCUUUCUAUUUCUGUGGGCCAACCAACAUAGGACGUCCUGGGCCAAACCACGUGACUGGUCUUUAGAAGGCAAGCUCAACUAACUGAACCCAUGUUUCUUGGAGAGGAUGCUGCAGCUAUGUCAGGUGACCAGCACGCUCUUCAUCAGCAACGCCAGCUCGGCCUGUACCUCUGAGCUCAUCCAGCGGGAGGCGGUGACACUCUGCAUCAAUGUCACCAGGCAGCAGCCGUUUCCCAAAUACGGUGUCGCCACCAUGCGCGUUCCGCUCUUGGACGAGCCCAGUGAAGACCUCUAUGUUCACUUUGACGAGUGCGCCGACGCCAUCCAGAGGGAGGCCCAACAUGGCGGACGCACCGUGGUCUACUGUAAGAAUGGACGCAGCCGCUCAGCCGCCAUCUGCAUCGCAUAUCUGAUGAAGCACCGUCGAGUGGCGCUGGCCGAUGCGCUGCAGGAAGUGAAGACGGCCCGUCAUGUUAUUGAUCCUAACCCUGGCUUUAUGGCUCAGCUGCGGCGAUAUGAAGAUGAUCUGAAGAGACAGGAAUCCCAAUGAUCCAAUGCGCAGCAACAAAGAACCCGAUGUUGGUGUGAUUAGAAAAUAAAGCAAGCGAACACGUGAAAGAUGAGUUUAUUGUAAGGUCGCGCACACGUGCACAUCAUGGUUCUGGAGGGUGUCCUCUUUUGUCCCAAUUUUCACGCACGGUGUCAAUCCACUCAUUGUAGUUGGACACUUUGGUGUAGAUGCCCAGCUUGUCCUCACGGCCGCAGCCCUCGCCCCAAGACACCAGCCCCACCAAGAACCAGGUGUUGCCAUAGAGCGUCACCAUUGGACCGCCGCUGUCGCCCUCGCAGGCAUCGAUGCUUUGGCCCAGGAUGCCGCCGCACAGCACAUUAUUGGUGAUGUUGUGUGACAUUAAGCCAGCGCAAACGUCGUGGCUGACCAGCGGCACUCGGAUGACAUUGAGUGCCGAGCUGAAGCGGGUGCUGUCCAGACUGUCCUUGCCCCACCCCGUCACCACCGUGGAUGUUCCGUUGCGGUGAAGCACGUUCUCGGCCAGCUUGCGGCCAGGCAAGCAUACGGGUAGAAUGUACUCGGAGAAAGGAGCGGGGCUUUCCAGGCGCAGCAAGGCAAUAUCGUUGUCCACUGUCGUGCUGUCGUAGUUGGGAUGUCUGAAGGCCUCGAUGACUUUCAAGGUCACCUCACUGCCCUCUUUGCGUAAACGCUCAUAGUCUCCUGAGGACAUGCACCACCAUUAUUAGAAUUUAGGACCGCCUCUUUUUCAGCGUUUGCCCACUAACUCACCAAGUCGCACCCGCAGACGGAGGUUGUCUUCCAGGCAGUGUGCCGCUGUCAGGACCCAGCUCUCGUCAAUGAGUACCCCGCCGCAGUGAAAGCGUCCUUUGGCGUUCUGCAGCAGCACCUGAGCAAGACGUUCCGUUAUUACAUUUUUACCAUAGUGACAUGUAAUUUGGCUUGGGGGGGGGGGAGAGGCAAACUCACCUGCCAAGGACUCUCACCCCUCUUGCCUACCUCGCCCCCCACCAUCCAGGGCAUGAGGCCAUCCAUGGGCUUGGUGUAGGACGAGCGACCGAUCAGAAGCUGCCCGCAAGAUGACACUCCUGCGCACGUGUUAUUACAGGUCAUUUCAGGACGUUUAAAAUAUUUUCGAGCUAACUGCCACCUCUCACCUUUAGGGACACACGUCCUGUCGUUGCGGUGCAACACGUAGCCAACCACGCAGCUGCAUGUUCGAUUCAUACCGUCCUUGCUCUCAGAACAAUCAUGGUCGCAGUCACCAUUGUUCACGCUGCAGUUUGUUGCCGUUUGAACUAAAAGAGCGACAUCAUCGUAAAGAUGUGAUUUUUUUGUAUUCUCGCUCUGCUCCCUUUUGACUCACUGUAGUCGCAGUAUUUUCCCUCGUAUCCGUGGUUACAGCGGCAGUUGUAGUCAUGAAACAUGUCCAUGCAUGUUCCGUGCACACAUUUGUGGGAUACACACUGGUCCCCGUCUGGAAUACGACACAGUGUCACCUGUUUGUUCAAGAAAUGCCCACAUGACUGACUGGAUCACCUGAGUAUUUCGUCCAGAACUCCAGCUGGAAGAAGACAGGAAAUCAUCAUUCAUUUAAGUUCAUGCCGACAAAAUAAACACAGCAUCUUGUCAGACUAUCACAUCAUAUCUUAUUGACUGUUAGCCAUUAACAUUCCUUACUGUAGCCUCUCUGGUCUUGAAGAUCUCUAUGGCCUCCUCAAAGUUGCAGGUCUCCUCCAUACACUCACGUUCCAAGGAAGGGUCCUUCAGCUCCUCCAGGAAAGAGUUGGCCCGACGGGACCGUAGCAGCAUAUGUGCCUCCGGAGGGUCAGAAAACACUGAGCGGGGCCCAGAACACACACCUUUGACCUUCGAGGGAACUGUGAUGCGGGCUCACUAUUUAUUUGAACACAGCGGCCUCCGAUUGGU